AUGUCUUACCUUGAGCAGUACCGGCCUCCUGGCAGAAGCAACCGAUCUGGUCGCGCGAAUGCUGAUAACGACGUAUUCGAAGGGCUUCCAGUAAAGCAAUGGAACGUAUCGCAUGCUCGGGUAUCACUAGCGCCUCCGGUCCAGGAAAGCGAGAACCCGGAAGACAAAAUAUGGGCAGAUCCGCCUAUGCCACGAGACUACCAACUUCUCAAUCCUUGGACUCAGCAUCUGCUCCGCUUAGCAAGAUCUGGAAGAGUCGGCACCAAGCGGAAGCAAGACGCUGAUGUGAACGAUGAAGACAAGCCCGAGGACGAGGGUGCCGAAGAGGUCACUAAGAGCAACAAUGAUGAACGAGCCUACCUUGCGAAGAAAUGGAAACCGGUUCCUGAACAUAUGCUGGAGCCGGAGCACAAGCAUUUCGAGUUUCUGGCAAAGCGAAGAAGAGGUCUACCCAGUCUUUAUGGUCCAGAGCAGCAGAACGGGGCCGCCGUAGUGAUGCGAAAGACGAAAGUUCAGCGAGCAGAUGUGAACGGCGAGAUUACCGUGUACGAGGUAUUGGUACCCGAAGGCCAAGUCAUCGAAGGUGAAGUCACAGAGUCCACAGAACUAGCCGACGUCAAGCCCGCCGUUGCUGCACCGGGAACUGCCAUUGAGGGUGUUGGAAUUGCGAAUGAAGAGGGUGUAUUGGUAGCUGAGCACCUUAAGCCUAUGAAUGCGCCGCGACGCAACAGGCCGCCUCCUAAGAAGAAAGGUGGUCCGGGACGAGGUAAGAAGCGUGUUACCUUCACCAAUCCUGACGGCACCACGUACACGACUGUCGUGCCCAAUGCGACAAAGAUCGUUCCUCAACCUGGUCAGACUGUCAAGCACGUGGCGAAAGGCGAGGAGGCCACUGCGGACAUUUCUGCGGAGGAGGCGGCCAAGCGGGCCACCGAACAACCAGAGCAUGGAGGGGACGGAGAAGGUGAGGGAGAAGACGGCGGAUCCGGGAGCGAUGAAGGUGAUGAUGAUGGGGAUGACGACGAAGACAGGGAAGAAGGCGAGCUCUCCGACGACGAUGCGCCGGGCACUGGUGCCGCCACUCCAGCAAAGCCUACACCAGCAAAGAAUAACACCCCUGUCAUACCAUCAGAGACCGGUGCUUCCGAACCUAUGGAAGACGUCAAAUUAUCCGACGCCGCAGAGGCAGAGCCCGCCGAACUCCCCCCACCAACCCAACCCUCUCUCGCAGCAGAAGAGUCAAAGACCCGAGACCCCUCAAGCUCCCCAGAACUACCGCUCGCAAAGUCGCACAGUAGAACAGGGUCUAUGGCAGACCCUCCACCAGUAUCUCUGGAUGCAGCAGAAGAACCAGUCGCUCCUGAAGACGUGCAGACCGAAGCUGCUGCGGAGCCGGAAAAGGCUGGCGAGGCUGUCGAUGCCGGUGAGGAAGAGGGGGUGAAGUUUGCGGAUGGUGACGACGACUUGCUGGGUAAUCUUGAGAAACAUCUCGGCUAG